AUGAAAUUGGGUCGGGUUUCUUUUUACGUUGCCAGUGCCUCGUUCUGGCUGGGCGUCCAGGCUCGUCUUCUUACGGUUCCUGUUAUUCCGUUUACAGAGACGGGAGGCAGUUAUAAUCUCUCGCAGAUUACGGAUAUUGUUGUUGAUUCUCGCUAUGUCGAUGCUAUCGAUCAUCAGGGAGAUACUUUGAUUCCGCCGACAUUGCAGGAGUUUGCGGAGACUUUUCAGGGAGAUCUCAAAUCGGUCCUUGGGUUGAAUGUUCAUGUCUCAAAGGGCGAUGGGCGCAAACAGAAUGCCAUUUUCUUGACAUUGGGAAAUAAUACCGAAUUCAAAGAUGCUUCUGGCAGAUAUACACAUGAGGGGUAUGAAUUGUCGGUCGAUGGCCAGGGAGUUGUUGUUACCGGUGCUAGUCCAUUGGGUGCAUGGUGGGCAACUCGAUCAAUUAUUCAAAUUGCUACCACUGGGGACCUGGCCCUUCCUAAGGGAUCAGCUGUUGAUGCGCCAGGAUGGGGAACUCGAGGAGCCAUGAUCGAUGACGGUCGGCAUUUCUAUCCGGAAGACUUUCUUAUAGAGAUGUGCUCGUAUCUCUCGUUUUUCAAGCAGAAUACCUUCCACGUCCAUCUAAGCGACAACCUCUAUAAUAAUGUUGACGCUUACUCCCGCGAAGAAUCUUUGAACUUGUACGCUGCUUUUCGACUCUGGUCGGAUGACGAUGCUGUGGCGGGACUCAACAAGCGAGCCAAUGAGUCCUAUACUCGUGAACAAUUUGACAAUAUUCAGACACAGUGCGCGAAGCGAGGCGUCACUAUUAUACCUGAGAUUGAGGCACCCGGUCAUGCUCUGGUCAUUGUGCAGUGGAAGCCUGAGCUAGGUCUGGCAGAUUUGAGCAUGCUCAAUAUCAGCCACCCGGAGACUAUUCCUACCAUGAAGACCAUCUGGCGCACUUUUCUGCCUUGGUUUCACAGCAAGGUGGUUCACAUUGGCGCGGAUGAGUACGACAGCAGCCUCGUGUCCGACUACACCCAUUUUGUGAAUGAGAUGAACACUUUUAUCCGACAAGAGACGUCUAAUAAGAAGUCAAUGCGUAUUUGGGGUACCUUCACGCCGAAGGAGGGUGCUAAUGUCUCCAAGUCCGUCUCAUAUCAACACUGGGAUGUCAGCGCUGAUCAGCCGUACUUUGAUUACAUUCAGAACGGAUAUAAUGUCCUCAACUCCGACGAUUACCUAUACCUUGUUGGUGGAUGGAGUGGUUCAUUCGCGCAAGUGUUAACACUGGAUAAAAUCUUCAACGGCCCAUACGGUUCUCCCUACUCGCCGGUGGUAUUUGACAGCUCAAACAAAACCGAUAAUCCUAGUCGGAAUAAUCCCCGAGUGCUUGGCGAGCUUGCGGCUUUGUGGAAUGAUUAUGGUCCCAACUCUACGACUGUCUUGUCCGCGUAUUACUCCUGGCGUGAUGCUCUACCUGCUCUCGCUGAUAAACAGUGGGGUGGGAACAUUACCGAACAAGAAUACUUAUCUGUCUUUGACUCUCUCCAUGCUGUUGUUCCCGAUCAAAACCUUGACCGUGCAAUCCCCAGUAACUCCGAUACCAUCUUUCACUAUAACUUUGACGCUUCGCACCUGUCGACUUUGAACGACCAGUCUGGCAACGGAUACCAUGGUACGGUUCAUGGCUGCAAGAUUUCCGACAAGACCCUCCAUCUUGAGAAUGGGUGCUAUGUUGAAACACCUCUUGGCAGUAAGGGACGCGACUAUACCCUCUCAUUUAGAGUGAAACCCACUUUGCACACCCCCGGCACCCUUUUUGCCGGCCCAGAUUCCACAUUCGUGAAUGGAAAUGGCACCAUCUCUAACGCAACACUCAUCAGUGGUGGAACCCCAUACUCUCUCAACUAUACCCUACCCAUCAACACCUGGACUGAUAUCAGUCUAAUCGGACGAGGCAACACAACCCUCCUAACCGUUUCUGGCAAAGGGACCAAAUCCAAGACGAUGGAAUUCCUAGCGAGGAUCGGCGUCAACGGAGAAUCUUUUGUCUGGGCACCCAUCGCCGUAGAGGCACCAUUAUCCCGCAUUGGUGAAGGCUUCACAGGGCUGAUGCAGAAUAUUAUCUUAAAAGAUGGCGCACCGGAGAACUAG